AUGGGUCUCCCACCUCAACUAACCCUUCUCCGACCUCUUCUCCUCCUCUCCUACUCAGCCUCCUACAUCCCCAUAACAGUCUUCCGACUCUUGACCUCGUCACCUUCAAAACUGCUCUCCUGGUCCUCCUUCCAACACGCCUGGUUCGGAAACUUCUGGUCCUGGUUCGGCGGUGUGUCCCGCCAAAACGCCGAUGCCACCGUCUCUCCCCUAGUUCGCGCAAACGUGUCUGGCAUAGUCCUCGACAUUGGGCCCGGAAGCGGAGAAUGGGUCUACCUCUAUGCAGCCACAGCAAACAAAGUCACCAAAGUCUAUGGCGUGGAGCCUAAUCCUGAACACCAUGCUGCACUGCGCAGACGAGUGGAAGCUGCGGGCUUGAAAGGCAUCUAUGAGAUUCUGCCGGUGGGAGCUCAGGAUUUGGGGAGAAUGGGAUUGGAGGUUGAGUCUGUGGAUACGAUAGUGACGUUGCAGACUUUGUGCAGUUGUCCUGGUCCGCAGAAUAUCAUCAAGAGUUUGUAUCCCUAUUUGAAGAANGGGGGUACGUGGUUGGUCUAUGAGCAUGUCAAGACAAAACACCAUAAUGAAUUUGUUGGCUACUGGCAACGUGAGUGGAAGCAAAAAGCCCUUUUGUGUCAUUGCUUGUUGGUUGCUGACUUUUGUUCUUCUCCAGCUUUCGUCAAUCUCAUCUGGCCGACUUUCUUUGGUGGCUGUGAUAUUGCUAGACCUACGGAUGAAUGGCUUCGCGAAGCCGGUGAUUGGGAGGAAGUCUCGUUGAGAGCAGGAGAGGGCGAAGGUCCCUACGACACUAUCCCUCACUCGCUUGGCACGCUCGUCAAAAGAAAGUGA